AAUUGAGGGAUAACUCAGAAGUUCACUCUCUAUAUAACCAACACGACACUCCCAUUUCUAGGGUUAGGGUAUUCAUCUGCGGCUGCUGCACACACUCCAUCUUCUCCGAUUUCCUCCAACGCUUGUCUACGUCGAACUAAGCUUCCACAGUCAUGGGGAAGACUAGAGGAAUGGGAGCUGCCCGCAAGCUGAUGUCUCACCGUAGGCGGCAACGGUGGGCAGACAAGUCAUACAAAAAAUCUCAUCUUGGAAAUGAAUGGAAGAAGCCUUUUGCUGGUUCAUCCCAUGCCAAGGGCAUUGUUCUUGAAAAGAUAGGUAUUGAGGCUAAGCAGCCUAACUCUGCCAUUCGAAAAUGUGCUAGAGUUCAACUCAUCAAAAAUGGGAAGAAGAUUGCUGCAUUUGUUCCAAAUGAUGGUUGCUUAAAUUACAUUGAAGAGAAUGAUGAAGUAUUGAUUGCUGGAUUUGGACGUAAAGGUCAUGCCGUCGGUGAUAUUCCUGGUGUCAGGUUCAAGGUUGUGAAGGUUUCUGGUGUCUCCCUCCUAGCUCUUUUCAAGGAAAAGAAGGAGAAGCCUAGGUCUUAAAUUUUUGGAAUGGCGCUUUUCUUAACAGUUUCUCUUAAGAGUUACGUGAACUUUGCUUCAUGAGAUUGAAUGUCUUAAGUCGGAUGGAAUUUUGUAUGCGUAAUAGUAAAAUAGUAAUUUCUCUUUAACAUCAUAUGAUUCAUAGAUACAUUAUCAUCGUUCUCCUUGUGUUA